AUGCGGAGUUGGUUGAGAAAUCAUUUCUUUACAAGGAUUAAGGAAAGAGAAGAAAGAGAAAGAUUAGCGUUUUUUGAGAAUGGAAGCAAGCUAUUGGAGAAGCUGAUUGUCUCUUGCAAUGGCAAGCCUAUUCCCGUCCGUAGCUUCUCCGCUCAACAGCUCUGCCUAGCUACCAACAACUACAAUAAUCAUUGUGGAAUACGUUGGUGCAAGGGCUCUCUUGAAGGAAGAGUUGUUUUCGUUAGGCAAUUUCCUAACUCGAAAAUUUUGACCGAUUGUGUCAUCAAUGAUUUAGCAAUCUCUGCAAAGAUGUGUGCUCACAGUAAUGUAUUAAAGCCUAUAGGGUGUUGUCUCAACACUCCAUGUCCCAUUUUAGUGUAUGAAUUUGCUGCAAAUGGUAUCCUUUCAGAUCGAAUUUAUGCCUCUCGUGUCACUCAACGAUACCAUGAUCAGUCCAUGGCGUGGGCAAGCAGGUUAAAGAUUGGAAGGCAGAUUGCUCAUGCAAUUUCCUAUCUCCAUACUGGCUUCUCUAGACCUGUCAUUCACAUGGGUAUACAUAUGGAUAGUAUCUUAUUAGAUGAACAUGAUGUUCCCAAAUUGUCCAACUUUUUGGCUUCUAGAUUAAUCCCUGAGGGUGAAACUGAUGUGGAAACUAAUGGCAAUGUUUGGUAUUCGAGGUUCAAAACCCCUGAGAUUAAAGCAACAGGUAAGGCAACAGAAAAAACUGAUGUAUAUUACUUCGGUAAUCUUCUUCUAGAACUUUUAACCGGAGAGGAUUCUUAUAAUAUAAACAGAUUGACAAUUGACAAGAAAUCUAGUUUAAUAGACUACAUGCAUAACCGUGCUGAAGGUUAUUGCAUAAACAAGAUUGUGGAUCCUACAAUCUUGGCAGUAGAAGGAGGUGCUAAUUUAGAGCUGCAAUUACAAGCUGUGCUGCAGCUUGCCUUAACAUGUACAGAGGAAGACCCAUGA